AUGGAAACAAUAAGAUGCAGAGAUGACCACUCUCCAAACGUUACUGCAACUUCUUCGUCAAAAGUUCCCAUCAUAACACAGGAUGAAAAACUUGCCCCCGUCUCGCAUAUUUUCACAGCCAAUUUAAGACCCAAAAAAGCACCGAACAGAUUACAAAAAGUGGAAAAGAUCCCAAUCAACAAAACUCCUAAGGAUGUUCUUGGUGGAUACAAAAAACAAAGGCAAUUCGAUUUAUCUGUUUACUGCGCAAUCUUCGUUUCUUUUACUUCUACUACAUUGCCGUCAUACAAACGAGAACUUCUGCAUAAUGUGCAUGUUGUACUAUAA